ACACACACAAACACUCAUCGUGUGCAUGUCUGUCAGGCUGUCUGUGUGUGAACACUAAAGAAGAGGAGAGGAGCCCCCAUCCAAACGCCACUUUUAACUCUCUCACCUGAAAAUUGGCAUCAUGGACACAGCGGAGUUUCGGCGCAGAGGGAAGGAGAUGGUGGACUAUGUGGCCGACUACCUGGAGAACAUUGAACAGCGUCCGGUCUUUCCAGAUUUGGAACCGGGGUAUCUUCGCUCCUUGAUCCCCACUGAAGCCCCACUGGAGCCUGAAAAUUAUGAUGACAUUAUAAAAGAUGUGGAGAGGGUCAUAAUGCCAGGGGUGACCCACUGGCACAGCCCACACUUUUUUGCCUACUUUGCAGCUGCUUCAUCAUACCCUGCCAUGUUGGCCGACAUGCUUUGUGGAGCCCUUGGCUGUAUUGGAUUCUCCUGGGCUGCCAGCCCAGCAUGUACAGAGCUGGAGACAGUGAUGUUAGAUUGGCUGGGGAAGAUGCUGCAGCUGCCUGAGUGUUUUAUAGCAGGGACUCAUGGUCACGGAGGAGGUGUCAUCCAGGGCACAGCCAGUGAGGCAACCCUGAUGUCCUUGCUUGCUGCUCGCUGUAAAGCACUCCGAAGGGUCCAGGCCUCCAACCCCAAACUAUCGGAAGCUGAAAUCUUCUCCAAAUUGGUGUCAUACACCUCUGAGGAAUCUCACUGCUCAGUAGAGCGUGCUGCUCUGAUAGGAGGAGUGAUGAUGAGGAAGGUUCCUACAGACAGCAGCUAUGCUGUUAGAAGAGACAUGCUUAAGAAGAUGGUGGAAGAGGACAAAGCAGCUGGACUCAUUCCUUUCUAUUUCUGUGCAACUCUCGGCACCACCUCAUCUUGUGCUUUUGAUCGCGUCAUCGAGCUGGGGCCCUUAUGUAAUGAGGAAAAUAUCUGGAUGCACAUUGAUGCAGCAUAUGCAGGGAGUGCAUUUAUAUGUCCUGAAUUUCGGCCUUUGCUGAAUGGAGUUGAGUUUGCAGACUCUUUCAACUUCAACCCACACAAAUGGCUUUUAGUCAACUUUGACUGCUCUGCACUGUGGGUAAAGAAGAGAGCAGACAUUAUUGGAGCCUUCAAGGUAGAAGCACUGUACCUUAAACAUGAAAACCAGGAGUCAGGGCUGGUCACGGAUUAUAGGCACUGGCAGAUUCCACUGGGAAGAAGAUUUCGCUCACUAAAGUUGUGGUUUGUCUUCCGCAUGUAUGGGCUCACUGGUCUGCAGGCUCAUAUACGCAAGCAAGUGAACCUGGCCAAGGAGUUUGAGAGUCUGGUACGAGCAGACAAGAGAUUUGAGAUCUGUGCUGAGGUCAUCAUGGGACUGGUCUGCUUCAGGCUCAAGGGCUCCAAUGAGUUGAAUGAGAACUUGCUGAAAAGAAUCACCAAGAGCAGAGAGAUUCACCUGGUGCCUUGCCAACUCUCUGGCCGCUUUGUCUUGCGCUUCGCCAUCUGCGCUCGCACUACGGAGUCACGUCACAUCCAACAAGCAUGGCGCCACAUCACACAGCUGACCUUUGAGCUGUUACAGGAGCCCAGUCACUGACCAAAAGGCUGGGAAGGAGCCAUCUACUCUGAUGCUGAAACGAGGACCAAAGCUAAGAUAAAAAUUUUGAGUUUUAUGUUGCAGUUGUAAAAUGUCAUAAAGGGAAUGAACAAUGAGUUCAGAGCUUACUUAGCAAUCGGUGUGCUUCUGUCACAUGUGUGUGAAAAUAACUUUACAGAAAUGUGUAAAGAAGGAAAUAAUCCAAAUAUUGCAUUUUCUAUCUGCAACAUAUUCCUUCAUUGACAUCUGUAUGUCACUGUUAAAUGAGUAUAUUGUUGUCCUCAUCAUAAUGCAGUCAUCCCCAUGCACACCUGUCUUGACUGUCUAUGCUGCUUCUGUGUCUUCUUUGAGUAAAAUUCAAGGUUUGGUUCAGUUGGCUUGGCUGACUUUUUCAAGUUCUGCAAAGAAUGUAUUGCACAUUAUGUGUAUGAAUUAAUUCUUGAGCCCCUGUGUGUCUGCAGUUUUCUUUGCGUUCAUACCUAAACAGUUUUCAAGUAACAGUGUACGUAUAGUGAGGUGCUUUAAGGGAAAUAUUAGGUUAGCACAUUACUGGCUUGGCUUGAAUUUCCCUCGGGAUCAAUAAAGUAUCUAUCUAUCUAUCUGUCUAUCUAAUUGUAUGGAGGGCUUCAUAGAGUAUAUAAAGUUGUUUAAGAAUACAAAUACUGUUCUUAAUAAUCAAUCAAUCCUUUUAAGUGCAUUUAUUGACUUCUGACCUAAUUAGCAAACUAGAUAUAACUAAUAUAUAAUGACAGGGAUUGUUAUAAUUAUGUAUUUCUUUACAAAAUUCCUGUUAAUUAAUAUAGUGUCAUACAGAUGGCCAGUAUUCCCAAAACUGUUGUACAAGACAAUAAGUCUUUCACUGUAAGUCAGUUGGAUAUGAAUUAAAUUAUGCGACUCUUGGGGUACAUAGGACCACUUGUUUCUUCCUUGAGUUUAACAGUCCCCCUGUACUAUAUAUAAUAUUUAUGAGUCCAGACAGAAAUAAAAUUACAUGAUCACAAGAGGUAAAAGAAUAGAAUUAAGAUUUAAAUUCAGCAAAUUUGCUGCCUAUAUAGAUAAUUCUAGUUCAGCAUUGCGUGUACCAGGAAUCCAGGAACCACAUUAUCCUCUCAUAUUAAAGAAGAAUAAUCUCCUGCCUGUUGUCCACAUCCACAACAUAUCUUGUCCCUAUGGUUUGUAAGUCACUGAUCCCUCACAUUUGUCAACCAGGAGGUUUGGAAAUCUGUAGUGUGACAUCGCAAUAACCUGUUAUAAAUUCAAUUGAUUGUGUCAAAGUUGGCUGCUUCUACUGAUCGAGAUGUUUCCCUUUCUGCUUGGCAUUGUGCUGCAUGCAAUAGUACAGGUUAUUAUUUAUUAUUUCAAUAAAGUCUACUGUAGUCUGCA